AUGGCGCCCCCGGAUAUUGUGACGGAAGAGAGAGCAUCAGAGCAAUACGACGAUGUUAUCAUCAAAAAGGAUCCGAAACGCAAGUGGGUGAGCUACAUCUGGGACACGUUCGACAAGUCUCCGGAGGAGCGCAAAUUGCUUUUCAAAUUGGAUACUGCCAUUUUGACGUUCGCAUCAUUAGGUUAUUUCAUCAAGUACCUAGAUCAGAUUAACAUCAAUAAUGCUUUCGUUUCGGGAAUGAAGGAAGAUCUAGGGCUAUACGGUAACCAGCUAAACUAUAUGCAAACAACAUGGACUAUCGGAUAUGUCAUCGGGGAGAUCCCUAGUAACAUAUUCCUCACACGAGUUAAACCGAGAUACUGGAUCCCUGCAAUGGAGGUUAUAUGGUCUAUCCUUACCUUUUCACAAUCGAGAUGCAAUUCGGCCCACCAAUUCUACAUAAUUCGGUUCUUCAUCGGUCUCGCAGAAAGCACUUUCUACCCCGGAAUGCAGUAUAUAAUCGGAUCAUGGUAUCGAAAAGAUGAACUGGCUAAAAGAUCUUGCAUCUUCCACACAAGCAGCGCAAUUGGAAGUAUGUUUUCCGGCUAUCUAAUGGCUGGCGUAUAUCAUCUUGGUGGAAAAGGUGGCUUCAAAGGCUGGCAAUGGUUGUUUAUUGUCGACGGCAUCAUAUCGCUUCCAGUCGCCCUGAGCGGGUUCUUUGUCCUUCCGGAUGUACCAGAGAUCUCCAAUCCUUGGUAUCUGACCAAGAAGGAAGUUGCACUUACACAGAAGAGGAUGGAGUUGGAGGGUAGAAAACCGAGGCAACCCUACACAAUGGCCAAGCUGAGGAAAAUAUUCUCGUCCUGGCAUGUGUACCUUCUGACGAUCGCAUAUAUAUGUUUCAAUAACGGCGCUGCAGGGUCGCAACCUGUUUUCCAACAGUAUUUGAAAGCGUCCAAAGACCCGAAGUAUUCCGUUGGACAGAUCAAUGCAUACCCGACCACCACUUCAGCUGUACAGGUGUUUAGUACCCUGGUAUAUGCUUGGACAUCCGAUACGAUAUUCAGAGGCGCUCGCUGGCCUCCCAUCGUUUUUGGUGCUCUGGUGAAUAUCCUCUGCUACGUAUCCCUUGCUGUGUGGGAUAUCCCUACAGGAUGGAAAUGGACAUGCUUCAUAUUGGCCGGAUGUGGUUAUGGACUUAGCGGUCUACUCAUGGCUUGGAGCCACGAGAUAUGUGCCGACGACAACGAAGAGCGCGCCAUCACGGUCGGAUCCAUGAACGAGUUAGCGUAUGUGUUUCAGGCAUGGCUGCCAUUGAUUGUGUGGCAGCAAGUCGACGCUCCGCAAUAUCGGAAGGGUUAUAUCACCGUUACAAUACUCUCUGCGCUUCUUAUUGUUUCAGUGUUCGCAAUACGGCAUUUACAUAAGAGGGAAAUUGCCGACAAGAGAGGACAUAUAGGAGAAGAGACACAGGAGGAAGAUCCCUCCAGCCCUCCUCAUUCUAUACCAGUUCCCACGAAGGAUUCGAGAGCGUGAACCGAAGACCACAGGUUGUCAACGAACUUAACGUGUUCACUUGGUUGUGAUAUUAUAUCGUCCAGCAGCUGAAUAUGUCAAGAGCAUACAAGAGCAUAUUGAUGUACAGAUUCGAGUCCGCUCUUUGAAAGGAUUCAAAGAUUCUUUUGCCAUAUAUACUAUUGAAAUCUAUUGGAGCUACAGACCACUCUACUCAAAG